AAGAGCCUAUAAAUGGCCGUGCUAGAGUCUCUGCAUAGGCCUCCUGCCAUGCUGUUCCUUGGGUUUCUGUUGCUGCUGACACUGCUGGUGGGCACCCGCGUGCUAUGGAGCCAGUGGAAGCUCAGGGACCUCCACCUCCCACCCCUCGCCCCAGGCUUCCUGCACCUCCUGCAGCCCAACCUCCCCAUCUACCUCCUGCGCCUCACUCGGAAACUUGGGCCCAUUUACAGGCUCCAUUUGGGGCUGCAAGAUGUGGUGGUGCUGAACUCCAAGAGGGCUAUCGAGGAGGCUAUGAUCAGAAAGUGGGCAGACUUUGCCGGCCGACCCCAAACAGCAUCCUCCAAGUUGGUGUUCGAGCAAUACCCGGAUGUGUCUCUGGGGGACUACUCCCUGCUGUGGAAGGCUCACAAGAAACUCACCCGGUCGGCCCUGCUGCUGGGGGUCCGAGAUUCCAUGGAGCCACUGGUGGAGCAGCUGACCCAAGAAUUCUGUGAGCGGAUGCGGGCCAAGGCUGGCCGCCCCGUGAACAUCCAGGCGGAGUUCUCUUUCCUCACGUGCAGCAUCAUUUGCGGCCUCACCUUUGGAGACAGGGAUAAAUCCUUUGUAAAUGCGGUUCACAGCUGUGUCCAGGAUCUGAUGAAAGCUUGGGACCACUGGUCCAUCCAAAUUUUGGACUUGGCUCCCUUUCUCAGGUUCUUCCCCAACCCAGGUCUCUGGAAGCUGAAGCAGCUCAUAGGAAAGCGGGAUCACAUCGUAGCGCAGCAGCUGAGGCGGCACAGGGAGAACCUGGUGGCGGGCCAAUGGAAGGACAUGACAGACUACAUGCUCCAAAAGAUUGGGCGGCUGAAAGUGGACGAGGGCCCUGGACAGCUCCUGGAGGAGCACGUGGCCAUGGCCAUGGUGGAUCUUUUCUUCGGCGGCACUGAGACCACCUCAUCCACGCUGUCCUGGGCUGUGGCUUUCUUGCUUCACCACCCUGAGAUUCAGCAAAGGCUGCAGAAGGAGCUAGACCUUGAACUGGGCCCUGCCACCUCGGGCUCCCCUAUGUCAUACAAGGUCUGCAUGCGGCUGCCCUUGCUCAGUGCCACCAUCUCUGAGGUGCUGCGUCUACGACCUGUCGUGCCUUUGGCCCUGCCCCACCGCGCCACCCGGCACAGCAGCAUCUUAGGUUAUGACAUCCCCGAGGACACAAUCAUCAUCCCCAACCUGCAAGGCGCAAAUCUUGAUGAGACGAUCUGGGAGAGGCCGCAGGAAUUCCGGCCUGACCGCUUCCUGGAGCCGGGCAAGAGCCCCAGAACACUGACAUUCGGUUGUGGCGCCCGCGUGUGCCUGGGAGAGCCGCUGGCCCGCUUGGAGCUCUUCGUGGUACUGGGCAACCUGCUCCAGGCCUUCACGCUGCUGCCGCUUGAGGGCGCCCUGCCCUCGCUGCAGCCCCAGCCCGCCUGCACCGUCAACCUCCUGACGCAGCCCUUCCAAGUGCGCCUGCAGCCUCGGCGCCAGGCCAGUGACUAGCGCAGUUUUUCCUUUAUUGCACCCGUACCAACCCUUCCCCUCCCCCCUGUAAACAUGGUGCUGUAGGUCGUGGGCGGAGAAGGCUUCUCCAGGAGGCUGGGUGGUGAAGGCUCCCGGCGCUUCUCUGUGCA